AUUUAUAGUAUAUGAGGGGGUGUUAUGAAAGAAUAGAGCCCCAUUUGGAUAUUUCACCUGUUAUCAUUUCUUCUUUCAAAUUAUUGUAUUAUAUUAAGUGGAGCUCAGGAUUUUUUUUUUUCUGUUAUUUCUCUUCCCAGGUUGGCCGUGCCGUUGAAGAGGCGCAAACAAACAUUUCAAAACACAACUCCUUGACGCCUCUUUGAAGCUGAAUGUGACCUUUCUCUCGGCUAUUUCUCCUCCAGUGGCCAUGAACCGAGUCUUCCCCCACUCUGACAGGAAGGGUGUGGAUGCUGCGCUGGACAUAGUGGAAUCAACUUUGGCAUCGCUGCAGAAGAGAGUCGAAAAGCAGCAGAAGGGAGAGGAGGGGGAGAAGAGAGUCAAGGAUGCUGCCACUAACACUACUCCUCCUCCUCUACCUCCACCCUCUGUUACCUCUUCCAAAGCCUCCAGGAAACAGAGAAAGAGCAAGAGUGUGUUGAUCAAGCGAAAGACACAUUACAGAUCAAAGAGACCAAGAAACUCAAGCCAAACCUCAACACACGGAAGACUCGGGACGCAGGUCUUUGAGAUAGUGGCCGAGGGGGGACAUGAGGCUCCCUGCACCCACUGUACCAAAAGACCUCCUGAAGCCAAGUGCCACAAGAGCGAAGACCAGAAGACCCACCGGGGGAGAAGGAAAGGGGUGACUAGGCCUUAUCAUGACCCUGAGAGAGAGAGGGAGAGGGUGAGGGUGAGAAGGAAAGAGGAGGAGGAGGAGUGUGUCCAGAGGAAUGCAAGAAUAAGAUACGGAAGAGGAGAAGAGGCCAAGGAAGAAGGUGACCAGGAUCUUCGAGUUGACGAGAGAAAGGUAAAGAAAAGUCACACAAAUUACAGAAAAAGAGAAGAAAAGGAGAGAAACAAACAAAGGCAUUCAAGUUACAGAAAAAGGGAAGAGGAAGAGAGUGACCUUGAUUCCCAGCCAGUCAGAGGAGAGGUCAUCUCGAGAAGGCCCAGGAAAAGAGGUCACAGCCGAAGGGGAGAAACUGAUACUGACCUUGACUUGUUACCAGCCCAAGAAAAGGUCAUAUGGAAGCACAGCAAAGGUCACAGAAGGGAAGAUUCUGAUAAUGACCUACAACCACAAAUGACCCAGGAAAAGGUCGUUUGGAGACGUGGAAGAGGUCACAGAGAAAGAGAGACUGAUGCUGCUCGGGAAAAGGUCAUCUGGAGAGGUCUUAAGAGAGGGGAGGAGCCUGAAAGUGACCUAGACUCUGCACCAGCCCAGGAAAAGGUCACAUUGAAACACAGAAAAGGUCACAGUGGAAGGGAGAACUUUGACCCAAUACCUAAUAGAGAAAAGGUCAACUGGAGAGGUCUUAAGAGAGGGGAGGAGCCUGAAAGUGACUUAGACUCCACACCCACCCAGGAAAAGGUCACAUUGAAACACAGAAAAGGUCACAGAGGGAGGGAGGCACCAGAGGACAGAUGCCACAGUUGCACGUGCCACAGAGAGCCACAGAAAGUCCAGAGGCACCCCAAAGCACACAGCGACCCAGAAAUGAGGCAAAGAGUAAUGUGGGAGGGAGGAAGGAGAGGUCAUGGGAGGUAUGAAGGAUCCGACACCACCUCAGAUGAUUCCUCAGAUCCUAAUCCUGCUCAAAAAUCUCACAGGGGAAGGAUAUCAAGCUCAAGGCCAGAAAGCUUAAAUGCACGGCCUAGAGAAAGCUUAAGCUCGAAAACUGCUCACGAACAUCACAGAGUAAGACUACUGAGCUCAAAGUCAGAUCAAACCUUAAAUUCCAGACCUAAAUACAACACACAAGGCUUAAGUUCAGAUACAGGAUUAGGAAAACAAAAGAAAAAGGUGAAGAUGGGUGGUUGUGAAUGUCAUGAGCACGGCCAAUCAGAGGGAGGGAAGGGGAGAAGACAAGCGAUUCACGUCUCCCGCCCGCAUGAGGUGAUCGACAUGGCCAAGCAAGGGUACGCCCAGCACACCUUCACCUCCAGGCUGCGGGUGGACCACUCAUGGCCGAGGAGAGGGGACGAGAAGGAGAACAUCAUACAUUACAUUCCUUGUGGGACGAAGAGCCGCAGUUACCACUUGGGGAUCAUAGCACAGCAAGAGGUGGGUCGCCUCCUCAGCCAGCCCCUGCAGGAACACAGCCACACCCACAGCAAGUGUUAGUAUAGUGUGGUGUGUGUCUGUGUUGUAUGUGUGGUUCUGGAGACUUGGGUCCAUUCUUAACCUGGGAGCAGUAGGGAUCAUGUUUCUUAAUGGUCCCUCUAAGCGAGAAAAAUGAGAAAAAUCAUCACUCACACAAACCAUUUCACAAUAUAUAUGAAAGCAUUUGUGAUCAGUUUAUGUAUCAUCUAUUUUGGGGGGGUUUAUAUCAUGGCACAAAUUUGGCCCGUCGCUGCUACACGGUAAAGCCACAAAUUUGGCCCGUCGCUGCUACCGGGUUAAAUGUUUCAGACUCCCGUUACGACUAUUUCUCAAGGCCACAGGGAAGAUUAACCGGGUUUUCAUGGGUGAUUUCUCCGUUCAAGGUGCAGAAGUCAUGUAAAACUAUCACAAGCAUCACAAAACAGUCCAUGAAAAGCCCAGCAACUUCCACAAGAGGCUUUUCAAACAGGGGAAGUGAGGGUCUGAAACAUUUAAGAAUACAGGCUUAUGUCCUUAUGCUGUGUGGGAUCCAUUGGUGAAUUUACGAGCACUGAUUAUAUUUGUACUUGUGUUAGGAAGUAGUAUAGUGUUAUAUAAUACAGUAUAGCAUGGCAUGUGUCUGUGUGUUGUGUACGUUAUGUGAGACUAUGUUCUUACGCUCUGUGGGGUUUGGUGGUGAAGUUACACACUGAUCCCAUUUGUGCUCGUGUUAGGAAGUGUAGUAUAGGGUAGCUUCAUAUAAUGUGGCAUGUGUCUGUGUGUUGUGUAUGUUAUGUGAGACUAUGUUCUUAUGCUGUGUCGGGUUUGGUGGUGAAUUUACACACUGAUCCCAUUUGUGCUCAUGUUAGGAAGUGUAGUAUAGGGUAGCUUAAUAUAAUGUGGCAUGUGUCUGUGCGCUGUGUAGUGUUAUGAAUCUUAGGGAAGGCACUUGGUCCGCAAAACAAAGGUCUGUGCAUGCUAGAUUUUUAUUUUAUUUUAUCAUCAACUAAAUAUAUACUCCACAGACUGUUUUUACCCCACUUGGUCCUCAAAAGAAAGGUCCAAGACAUAAUAUAUUUCUUUUCAUUUCAUUACCAACUAAAAUAUACGUAAUUGUCCAUCACACCAGAUAAAGGAUAUGUACAUUAUCUCUCCUCUUUCCCUUCACUCUCUCCUGGUCUUGCAGCCUGUGGUAUACCUAUAUUUGUUUACCCAUGAGAGAUGCCUUCAAUUUGGGGCAACUCUUAGGCAUUGAAAUAACUAUAAUCAACCUAACUGUCCAUCACACCUGCCAAAGGUUAUGUACAUUGACUCUCCUCUUUACCUUCACUAUCUCCUGGUCUUGCAGCCUGUGGUGCUAUAUUUGUUUACCCAUGAGAGAUGUCUUCAAUUUGGAGCAACUCUUGGACACUGAAAUAACUAUGAUCAACCUAACUGUCCAUCACACCCACCCCAGAUAAAGGUUAUGUACAUUAUCUCUCCUCUUUCCCUUCCUUCUCCUCAGGUCCUGCAGUCUGUGGUAUACCUAUAUUUGUUUACCCAUAAAAGCGAUUCCUUCAGCUAGACUCUUGGACACUGAAAUAACUAUAAUCAACCUAACUGUCCAUCACACCCACACCAGAUAAAGGAUAUGUACACUGACUCUCCUCUUUCCCUUCGUUCUCCUCUGGUCUUGCAGCCUGUGGUAUACCUAUAUUUGUUUACCCAUGAUAGAUGCCUUCAAUUGGACUCUUAGACACUGAAAUAACUAUAAUCAACCUAACUGUCCAUCACAC